CCGCCAUCUUGCUUCCAAUAGCAACCGAGAAAACAGUUUUCAUUUUUUUCUAUUGAAUUGAGGACUAGAGGAUUAAAUUUAUGUCAAUAGAGUGAAACUCCAUCUUGGAUUCAAGCUGAUGAUCAGGACUAAUUAAAUAUACACACAGAAGUGCAAUAGAGAAGAGGGAAGAUGUAUGAUCGUGCUGAGAGAAAAUUUGGCCAUCCCAAGGGCAGCACAGGGAUGACAGUUGGACCUGGAACCUAUGAUGCCGACCUUCCAACACCUGCCAAAAUAAAAUCAGAUGGAUAUGCUCCAUUUGCAUCCAUGACAAACAGGGAGACAUUCUUCAACAUUGGUGAUCAGGUAAUUGCUGCCCCAGGUCCAGGGCAGUAUGACCCAGGAUUUGCCCAGGAUGCCAUAAGAGGAGGCAAGACACUUGGCAAUAAGGAGAAGAGGUUCAAAGAAUCUGCCACAUUCACCCCAGGACCAGGGAUGUACAACAUGCGUACUGAACUUGGCACAAAUUCUGCACCAAGUAGAUUACAGAGUCAGAAUGGCAAAAAUGGAGGAGCGUUGAUGGCCAACAGAGUAAAAUUUCAGCGUAAGCCUGAUGCUCCGUCAAUCCCAUUUCCUGGCCAAUCUUACGGCUUUGAAGAAAAUGAAGAUGGAACUUUAAAGAAACAGGAUCCUCCAAACAAAGAUAAAUCAAUGGGACCAGCAUUUUAUAAUCCUGCUCAGGAGGAUACAAGAACUACAAAAACAUACAAAGGUGUUCACUUUGGAAAGUUAUCUUCAAAGCGUAUGGACUUUAACGGCAAAGUUGGCCCAGGACCUGGCGAUUAUGAAGCAUUUAGUAAGGAAGUAGUUGCCCCAGAAAAUGUGAACAUUAAUGGUACUGGGGGUAGUAAGCGAUAUGAUGCAAAGUUGCCACGCUAUCAUGAAUGGGUUGUGAACCAAGAAGAGAAGAAGGCUGUUCCAGGGCCAGGGAAAUAUGAAGUUAAAGGUGUAUUUGACCCCAGCCCCCCUAAGGUGAACACAGAAGGAAUUGAAGUGGAGCAUCCACCAUUUCUAUCACAAUCUAAGAGAUUUAACCCUGGCAAGUCUGCUGGUCCAGCCCCAGGGACCUACAAUGAUCCUCGUCAUGCCCUUGAAGGGUUAAAGCGCAUCACUGGCCUCAAACGCAGUCCAUUUGGCCAGACGUCAACCCGCUUUGACGGUGAACAUCAUGUCAAGAAAACUCCAGGUCCCGGGACAUACAAUGCUCCAGGAAUGGGGUCUGAAAGUAUGAGGAGAGCUUACAUUGAGAGCACACGACGUGGUGUGUUUGGCACAACCGCCAUCAGAAUCAACCCAAUCACCAAGAAGGAGGAGAAUGACCUUCCUGGCCCCUCACAUUAUCAACCCAAAGAGAAGCCAUUUAAGAGCCGUUAUGAACAACUGAAUGCUAAUUUUGCGUCAUUGUCUUCUCGUCUCACUGAGCAACCAACCAUUGUCAAGGAAGUCCCUCCCCCUGGUGCCUAUGAGGUCAAUGAAUCGUACCAGAAUUCACAGGCAAAGAAAACAACAGGAAAACCACGCACGAAAGAAGCAGCCAAUAAGCAAGGAGCUUUCUUACAAUCUGCAUCACGAUUUGUUCCCCCACGUGAUGUCAUCAAUGAAACAUCUGACCCAGCAAAUCCAGGUCCAGGAAGUUAUGACUUUGACUCUCGCCUGAACAAGAAGGGAGGACUGAUGGUCACCAAGGACAACAGGUUCAAAGAGAAGAUCAAUGAUAUGCCAGGACCAGGAACAUAUGAGUAUUCACCACUCAUUCAAGAUACAGUUCUGAAGGGAACAUUUAAUGCAACUUUGAACAACCCAGUCGCACCUAAAGUUGAAGUGAGUCAAGCAGCGGCCGCCACAGGACCUCAUGCCUUCCUUCUGGGAACAUAAGACAUUAAUCUCCUCCACAGAAGAGCUUCUCCCUCCACCCAGGAGAGCUCCAACUCUCAUGGAUCACAUCUCAUAUCUUGUAAAUAAUCUCAUAGACAUCAUAUCUAUAAAUGUGAAUAUCCUUUAGGAGCUAAUAGGCCUAAGCAAUACAAUAGAGUCAAUAUCUGAUAAAAAUAACUAUGAUUUAGACCUAUUAGGUCCAAACGGAUUGGGUGAGUCACGUUUUAUCAUCCAAUACUUUGUAUAAAUUGUACAGCAUGAACGUUUUAGUAGAAAUCAAAAAUUCAGCAGAAGUUGUAUGUGUAUCAACUCCAGCGCAAAUGGCUCGUAUUUUAUUGAGAUUGAAAUGGUAUCUUUGAUUCAAUCUUCAGGGGCCAACUGUUGUUUCAUUCUAUCGUUUAUAUUCAUCGUUUACCAAGGAUUAGGACCAGUUGCUGCUGGAUCACCAUUGAGCAUUAAAGUUAAGUCUGUCUUGAAAUCAACCAUCUACUUAAUAUAAAAAUCCUCCAACUUGCUUGUAGUGUGUUCUUUUUUAGCUCGCGUGGUUUUGCAAUCUAUUGCAAUCACCCACUUGUCU